ACUCAAACGCCAACUGGAGGCUGACUCAGGCCGUCAGCAGACUGAGCUAGAGGAGCUGCAGCAGAGAGUGACUAGUCUACAGACAGAGAAGAACAGUCUGCUGUUGGACAAAACCAACCUGACUGCUGACAUCAAGAGUCUGGAGGCUGACCUGGAGGUGUCCCGACAUGCCAACAGGAAGGCCCAGAGGCGUAUAGGCCUGUUGAAGCAACAAGUUGAUGACUCUAUAGAGAAGGAGAUGAGAGCCCAUCACUACCUGUCCUCUAUCGUAGCUCUGGCUGAGAAGACCACACAGGAGAGAGACCAGCUAGUAUACAUGGCCUCGUCCCUAGAGCACGACAAGCAGGGGGUGAUCAGCAGGAUUGUGGAGGACACCGUGCGGCUCGGAAAGCUUCAAGAGAAGGUCAAGGUGUACAAGAAGCAGGCAGCCUGCAGCCUGGGGGUUCUGGGCCAGAGGCUGGUGGAGCAGGAGGAGGACUUUGCAGGGAGGGCAGCCUCCUACCAGACAGAAAUACAGCACCUCCAGAGGCUUCUACGAGACAAACAGCACGACCUGGACGGAGUGCUGCGGCAGAAAAGAGAGGUGGAAGGUGAGUUGGAGGUGGUGUGGGUGGCAGCGACCAGAGAGAACCAAAGAAUUAGAGAGACCCUCCAGGACUCCAGCCCAUCUCUCACCUCCCUCAGCCCAGCCAGAGUGCACCAUGGCAGGGGUCUGAGCGAUGGACCCUCCCCAGCUGGCUCUCCCACCCCCAGGAUGAGGUGUUCUACCCCCCGUCCGCACCCUGACAGCUCUGGCCCUCCUCCCUGCAUCUCCUCUCCCCAGAGCGGCGGCCGGCCCGGCCUCCACCACAGCCCUAUGUUCGAGUCUGACUCGGACCAGCACCAGAACCCCUCCUCAGAUGAGAGCGAGAAGAACGGCAUGGACUUCUAUUCUUAGUGUCCUUUUUUGUAUUGGUCUUAGGGAAGACAAGUAGCCUGGUCCCAGGUCUGUUUUAGUAGCCUGGUCCCAGAUCUGUUUAGUAGCCUGGUCGCAGAUCUGUUUAGUAGCCUGGUCCCUGAUCUGUUUAGUAACCUGGUCCCAGAUCUGUUUAGUAGCCUGGUCCCAGAUCUGUUUUAGUAGCCUGGUCGCAGAUCUGUUUUAGUAGCCUGGUCGCAGAUCUGUUUUAGUAGCCUGGUCGCAGAUCUGUUUUAGUAGCCUGGUCGCAGAUCUGUUUUAGUAGCCUGGUCCCAGAUCUGUUUUAGUAGCCUGGUCGCAGAUCUGUUUUAGUAGCCUGGUCCCAGAUCUGUUUUAGUAGCCUGGUCCCAGAUCUGUUUUAGUAGCCUGGUCCCAGAUCUGUUUUAGUAGCCUGGUCCCAGAUCUGUUUUAGUAGCCUGGUCCCAUAUCGGUUUUAGUAGCCUGAUCCCAGAUCUGUUUUAGUAGCCUGGUCCCAGAUCUGUUUUAGUAGCCUGGUCCCAGAUCUGUUUUAGUAACCUGGUCCCAGAUCUGUUUUAGUAGCCUGGUCACAUAUCGGUUUUAGUAGCCUGAUCCCAGAUCUGUUUUAGUAGCCUGGUCCCAGAUCUGUUUUAGUAGCCUGGUCCCAGAUCUGUUUUAGUAGCCUGGUCCCUGAUCUGUUUAGUAGCCUGGUCCCAGAUCUGUUUUAGUAGCCUGGUCCCAGAUCUGUUUUAGUAGCCUGGUCCCAGAUCUGUUUUAGUAGCCUGGUCCCAGAUCUGUUUUAGUAGCCUGGUCCCAGAUCUGUUUUAGUAGCCUGGUCCCAGAUCUGUUUUAGUAGCCUGGUCUCUGAUCUGUUUUAGUAGCCUGGUCCCUGAUCUGUUUUAGUAGCCUGGUCCCUGAUCUGUUUAGUAGCCUGGUCCCAGAUCUGUUUAGUAGCCUGGUCCCAGAUCUGUUUUAGUAGCCUGGUCCCAGAUCUGUUUUAGUAGCCUGGUCCCAGAUCUGUUUUAGUAGCCUGGUCCCAGAUCUGUUUUAGUAGCCUGGUCCCAGAUCUGUUUUAGUAGCCUGGUCCCAGAUCUGUUUUAGUAGCCUGGUCCCAGAUCUGUUUUAGUAGCCUGGUCCCAGAUCUGUUUUAGUAGCCUGGUCCCAGAUCUGUUUUAGUAGCCUGGUCCCAGAUCUGUUUUAGUAGCCUGGUCCCUGAUCUGUUUUAGUAGCCUGGUCCCAGAUCUGUUUCAGUAGCCUGGUCCCACAUCUGUUUCAGUAGCCUGGUCCCAGAUCUGUUUUAGUAGCCUGGUCCCAGAUCUGUUUUAGUAGCCUGAUUUAGUAGCCUGGUCCCAGAUCUGUUUUAGUAGCCUGGUCCCAGAUCUGUUUUAGUAGCCUGGUCCCAGAUCUGUUUUAGUAGCCUGGUCCCAGAUCUGUUUUAGUAGCCUGGUCCCAGAUCUGUUUUAGUAGCCUGAUUUAGUAGCCUGGUCCCAGAUCUGUUUUAGUAGCCUGGUCCCAGAUCUGUUUUAGUAGCCUGGUCCCAGAUCUGUUUUAGUAGCCUGGUCCCAGAUCUGUUUUAGUAGCCUGGUCCCAGAUCUGUUUUAGUAGCCUGUUUUAGUAGCCUGGUUCCAGAUCUGUUUUAGUAACCUGGUCCUUGGUCUGUUUUAGUAGCCUGAUUUAGUAGCCUGGUCCCAGAUCUGUUUUAGUAGCCUGGUCCUUGGUCUGUUUUAGUAGCCUGAUUUAGUAGCCUGGUCCCAGAUCUGUUUCUGCUCUUGCUAACUCCAUUGUUCAUUGUCAAGCCAAACAUGACAUGACAAUUCCAUAAAGAGUUGGCAGGAGAGUAGAACCACCCUGACACCAGGCAAGAAGACCAGGUCUGUAUUGGUCAGACUAGCACCACCCUGACACCAGGCUAGAACCACCCUGACACCAGGCUAGAAGACCAGGUCUGUAUUGGUCAGACUAGAACCACCCUGACACCAGGCUAGAAGACCAGGUCUGUUUUGGUCAGACUAGAACCACCCUGAUACCAGGCGAGAAGACUAGGUCUGUUUUGGUCAGGCUAGAACCACCCUGACACCAGGCUAGAAGACUAGGUCUGUUUUGGUCAGACUAGAACCACCCUGACACCAGGCUAGAACCACCCUGACACCAGGCUAUAAGACUAGGUCUGUUUUGGUCAGACUAGAACCACCCUGACACCAGGCUAGAACCACCCUGACACCAGGCUUGAAGACCAGGUCUGUUUUGGUCAGACUAGAACCACCCUGACACCAGGUCUGUUUUGGUCAGACUAGAACCACCCUGACACCAGGCUUGAAGACUAGGUCUGUUUUGGUCAGACGAGAACCACCCUGACACCAGGCUAGAAGACUAGGUCUGUUUUGGUCAGACUAGAACCACCCUGACACCAGGCUAGAAGACUAGGUCUGUUUUGGUCAGACUAGAACCACCCUGACACCAGGCUUGAAGACUAGGUCUGUUUUGGUCAGACUAGAACCACCCUGACACCAGGCUAGAAGACUAGGUCUGUUUUGGUCAGACUAGAACCACCCUGAUACCAGGCGAGAAGACUAGGUCUGUUUUGGUCAGACUAGAACCACCCUGACACCAGGCUUGAAGACUAGGUCUGUUUUGGUCAGACUAGAACCACCCUGACACCAGGCUUGAAGACUAGGUCUGUUUUGGUCAGACGAGAACCACCCUGACACCAGGCUAGAAGACGAGGUCUGUUUUGGUCAGACGAGAACCACCCUGACACCAGGCGAGAAGACUAGGUCUGUUUUGGUCAGACUAGAACCACCCUUACACCAGGUCUGUUUUGGUCAGACUAGAACCACCCUUACACCAGGUCUGUUUUGGUCAGACUAGAACCACCCUGGCACCAGACUAGAACCACCCUGACACCAGGCUAGAAGACCAGGUCUGUAUUGGUCAGACUAGAACCACCCUGACACCAGGCUAGAACCACCCUGACACCAGGUCUGUAUUGGUCAGACUAGAACCACCCUGACACCAGACUAGAACCACCCUGACACCAGGCUAGAAGACCAGGUCUGUAUUGAUCAGACUAGAACCACCCUGACACCAGGCUAGAACCACCCUGACACCAGGUCUGUAUUGAUCAGACUAGAACCACCCUGACACCAGACUAGAACCACCCUGACACCAGGUCUGUAUUGAUCAGACUAGAACCACCCUGACACCAGACUAGAACCACCCUGACACCAGGUCUGUAUUGAUCAGACUAGAACCACCCUGACACCAGACUAGAACCACCCUGACACCAGACUAGAACCACCCUGACACCAGACUAGAAC